GAAUCCUCGGAUUCACCACCCUACACACAGCCCCAAGGGGCAUCAGCCGUCAUGGACGGCCCUCCUCCCCCUCCACCGCCCCACGGCGCGAAUCCAAAGACAACCGGAGGUAGUAGCGGCGGCAGCGGGGGACUUCCAGCAGGCAACUAUGAUAUCUUCAUAAUACCACCUCAUUCUGCGGGUGGCGGCUUUGUCUACUUGCCCAGUCUGCAAGUUCAGCGGAAUAGCUUCCUGGCUGGUGUUGGCAGUACCAUUGCUGCUAUCUCAGUAUGGAUGAUGAUCCAACCCACUCUCAAGAUCUGGUUCAUGCUGGCUACCCAGAGCGUCUCAACAGGUGGGAAUGGUGUCGUACUUUUGCUCAUCGUCGUAGGAGCUGCUGGUUGGGCUUGGGGGAAGACACAAAAUGGCGGUGGAUCGUUUGGCGGGGGAAACAGUGGGCCAGGAGGUGGUUCAGGUGCUGGAGCUGGAGCUGGAGCCUCAGGGUACCAACGAGCACCUCCGCCGCCUCCAAAUGGUAGCUAUCCGGGCAGUGGUGCGCCUCCGCCUCAGGGUGCUCAAGGCGGAUGGGGUGGACAGCACCAACAGCGGGGUGCACCACCAAACGGGGAAUCAUGGUCGGAAUCGCAACCAGAUCCCGAAGCACAAGCACGCGAAGAGCGAGAGAAGCAACGGAAAGAAGAGGAACAAAAGAAACGAGAAGAGGAACAAAAGAAACGUGAAGAGGAACAAAAGAGACGAGAAGAGGAGCAAAAGAAACGGGAAGAGGAGAGAAAACGAAAGGAGGAAGAGGAGCGGAAAAAACAAGAGGAUGAACGGAAAGCUAAAGAGGAGUUAGAAAGGCAAGCUAAGGCAAAAGCAGAGAAAGAGAAGUGGGAGAAGAUGCGGGCCCGAGAGCGGGAGCAGCGAGAACGAGACGCCCGAGAACGCAUCGCAAAAGAGAGAGCCAGAAAAGAACAAGAAGCUAAAGAGAAAGCAGAACAGGAAAAGAAGGCCCGCGAGGCAGAGGCCCGGGCCCAGAUCGAGAAAGAAAUACGGGAGAAACUCGAAGCGGAACAGCGAGCCAAAGCUGCCGAGGAGGCCUUGAAGAAGGCUGCAGAAGAGAAAGCUGCCGCUGAAGCCGCCGCCGCAAAAGCCAAAGCCGACGCCGAACGUAACGAGAAGUUGAAGGCCGCCCGAGAAAGAGCUCAAAGGGAUCGCGAGGCACGAGUUAAAGCUGCCGCGGAGAAGACCAAAGCCGAACAGCUGAAAGCUGCAGAGUCCACUUCGAACCGACGGUCUACAACAUACGGCGGCGGUGGAGGAGAGAAGCUGGAUCCGUACGCGGGUGCUAAAAGCCCACCGACAACACCAUCCGUCACCUCCACGCAGUCGUCGCCGAUAAAAGUGACCAUGACACCCAAGAAGAACUACGAGAAGCCGUCCGCAAAGUCUUACGUGGGCACCGAGGACGACCAUUCGUUCAGACCCUACGACGGGCCCGGGAGACGGCCUCCAGUUCCCCCAUCUCACUCUUCAUCCUACACAGCCAGCAGCUAUGCGCCGUCGGCAUCUACAUCGCGGACCACGCCCCCGUCUAGCCAAAGAGGCCCGUACUCCACAAGCGACCCUGACAAGAUCCAGAUCAAAGCCGUAUACCUCUUCAACGACCUGUUCCCCAAGCCCGUGGCGCAACUCGUUGCGAAUGUGGGCAAAGUGACCGAUGGGCUGAUUCUGAAGGUCCAGUCUGAAGGCCUGUUCAUCGACGACGACGUCCGCGGCAUUCCGCAGCGCGAGUGGGAUGUUAAAGCGUGGACGUUGAAGCUUGUCGAAACCGGUCAACUCCCCUCAAAAGGCCUCCACAUUCUGCGCGCGGCGGUCCGCGAUACCGACGGCAAGAAAUACAUUUUCAUGGUCGAUGAGUCGGAGAGCUGGAAGCUCACGGUUGGCUUACAGCGACUUAGGAAAGGCUCACAGGCGCGGACUACGCAGUAUGCGCAGAUGCCUCCCGCGGAGAUGACGCGGAUUCUGAACUCGGUGCCGCCGUUCAUGUAGGUUUGCCGAGACGGAGACGAAGAAACGUGUACAUCAAGAUGUGGUGUGUUUGGAGAAUUUGUGUAUAUGCGUGGUGUGGGGGGAUAAUAGUAGAAUAAGCAAGAGAAAGAGAUGGAAAGAAAGAGGAAAGAUUCCCCUUUGUGAAUAUUGUGUGUUUCUGUGUAUGGGGAGAGAGAAAGAGGGGGGUAUCUGCUGCGUGUUCAUUGCUGUUUGUUUAUGCUGCUCAUUGGAAUGCUGUUUUGUUGCCGCGGUCAAGAAGAGAUUCCCCCCCCCCCAUCCAUCCCUCGUUUUACCUUGCUCUGCUUUUUUGUUUCUUAAGACACAAUGUUUCUCUCUCCCUUGCCGGAAGACCCCACUCGUUAGUACCUAUCCCUCACUGAUUCUUUGCAUGAAGCGAUGGAGUUUGGUUCCAAGUUUGUUUUUCCGAGUAGAUAUACUAGAAUGAAUUUAUUGGAAUUCGAUUCUCCUCAUUAUUUCUGCUACCCAUCAAGAACAGAAUACAGCGCAGGUCAUCCGAACAGAUUCAGUUCCCCGCCGCAGGAAGGAAGAAGAAAAAGAAAACCCCUCAUUACUCAUCUCAAUUCAAUGGCAUGCCACGAGCAGCGACAAAGUACCGCAAGCUCACGCCCUGCACCGACGAAUGAAUCCUCACUCUCAGUCCAUAUCCAGCAUAAUGCUAUUGUACGGCUGGAUCUGGCUGCAUGCACAUGCUCCGUCCUCGGUGCCGCAGCGGAUCGGUUCCAAAGUCCAGGAGCCAGUGCAGUUGAUAGUGUUGUAGACGCGCAC